AUGGAAAGCUUUAGAAAAGCCUAUGGAGCACUAAAGGACUCCACCAAAGUUGGUCUAGCCAGUCUCAAUAGUGACUUUAAGGCGUUGGAUGUUGCAAUUGUCAAGGCUACCAACCACGUUGAAUGCCCCCCAAAGGAAAGGCAUGUUGUAAUUUUCUUGUGCUAUGCAGAGAUACUUGCAGCAAUAUCUGCAAACCGCUCACGAGCUGAUGUAGGCUAUUGCAUACAUGCGCUAUGCCGGAGAUUGUCCAAGACGCGCAACUGGAUCGUUGCAAUAAAGACUUUGAUAGUUGUUCAUAGGACUCUUAGAGAAGGGGAUCCUGCUUACAAAGAAGAAUUAGUACGUUACUCCCAAAGAGGAAAAUUAUUUCAAUUAUAUAAUUUCAAGGAUGAUACAAGUACUUUAGCUUGGGACUGCUCUGCUUGGGUCCGUACAUUUUCACUCUUUCUAGAGGAAAGAGUCGAGUGCUUCAAGACCCUGCAGUAUGAUUUGGAGGGCGAUACCGGUCCUCAAACAUCCAAGAUGAACAGUAAGACACGGUUUUUGAAUGGUGAACAAUUGUUAGAACAUUUACCUUCGUUGCAACAGCUUCUCUACCGUCUGAUCUGUUGCCAGCCUGAAGGAUUAGCCUGUCAUAACUAUCUAGUACAGUAUGCUUUGGCCCUGGUCUUGAAAGAGAGCUUCAGAAUCUAUUGUUCCAUCAAUGAUGGGAUCAUUAAUCUUGUGGAUUUGUUUUUCGACAUGCCCAAGCAUGACGCUGUUCGGGCUCUUGAUAUAUACAAAAGGGCGGGAAAACAGGCAGCACAUCUUGCUGAUUUUUAUGGCUUCUGCAGAACGCUAGAUCUUGCUCGAACCUUUCAUUUCCCUACACUGAAACAGCCUCCCCCAACGUUUCUCGCAACUAUGGAGGACUAUAUAAAAGAAGCACCGCAGACGAGUUCUAUAACGGAUAAUAGACUGGUGUAUGGGGAGACGGAAAACGAAUCAGAAGAAGGUGAUGAGGAAAAAUCUCAAGUAGAAACUGAAAAUCAAGUUCAAGAUACAGAAGAAGAAGAAGAAGAAGAAGAAGAAGAAGAAGAAGAAGAAGAAGAAGAAGAAGAAGAAGAAGAAGAAGAAGAUGUUGUCGUAGAAGAGGAAGAGGAGCCAUUUCAGACCGAACCAACGCCACAGGCAACUGAAGAGCCUAUUGAUCUGCUUGGUUUGAGUGAAGUAAAUGAAGAGGCCUUAAAAAUAGAGGAAAACAAUGCAUAUGCCCUAGCAAUCUUUGAACCCGAUGUCAAUCCACCUUCAUCUAGCAACGCCCUAGCUGAGAUUGGAAGCACAAGUGGUUGGGAAUUGGCUAUUGUUGAGGUCCCAAGCAAUAUGACACAACCCCAACUCGCACAACCCCAAAUGGCUGGGGGCUUUGACAACUUGCUGCUGGAUAGCCUGUACGAAGACAGCGCUGCUCGAAGAACCAUGGAGAUGCACAGUUCAGGAUACAACACGAGCUACGGAUAUAACCAGACUCCAUUUGAUCAUCAACAACAACACUUUGACCCUUUUGCCAUGUCAAACAACAUCCCGCCUCCGACAAAUGUGCAAAUGACGAUGCUUCAGCAGCAGCAGCAGCAACAACAACAACAUCAACAACAUAUGACGACGAUGAUGAUGCCAACGACGGAGGUGCAUCAGGGCACGGGCAUGGAACCGUAUAAUCCUUAUGCAACUCCUCAACAGGCGGGAGGCUACUUCAAUCCUUUUAGUGAUCCCUUCCACUUUCCACAGCCUGCAGCGCCGCCACAUGAGGAAAAUAAUAUGAUCAAGGCAAUGUUUACUUUUAUUGAUUAG